AUGAUGCGCUACCUAGGAAGCUUUAAUCGCCGCUCUCUGGUACGGAUACAUUUUUCGUAUAUUUUCUUUUUGCAGGCCUGUGGAUUGAGAUUUGCGUGUGAAAACUUUUCAUCCGCACCAAAAGGCCAUGUAAUUGGCAUUGAUCUGGGCACGACAAAUUCCUGCGUAGCCGUUAUGGAAGGAAAAACGCCGAAGAUUUUGGAGAAUUCCGAGGGGGCUAGGACUACUCCCUCGGUUGUUGCUUUCACAGCAGAAGGCGAACGACUGGUCGGCGCCCCAGCGAGGCGGCAGGCCGUUACCAAUUCGAGAAAUACGCUCUCGGCCACCAAGCGCCUCAUUGGCCGUCGAUUUGAUGAUGCGGAGGUCCAAAAGGAUAUGAAGACUUCUUCAUUUAAGAUUAUAAAAGCCUCUAAUGGCGAUGCUUGGGUUGAGGCCCAGGGCAAGGCUUAUUCUCCAAGCCAGAUUGGGGCCUUUGUGCUUAUGAAAAUGAAAGAAACUGCUGGUAGGUGGCCUUUUCAUUUGUGUAUUCGCCAGAAAACUACCUGGGUUCAAAGGUGUCUAAUGCUGUUAUCACUGUCCCUGCAUAUUUCAACGACUCCCAGCGUCAGGUGAGCCGCCCGAUAUGCUCUGAUUUCCAUGUAGGCCACAAAAGAUGCUGGUCAGAUUGCCGGCCUGAAUGUCCUACGUGUGAUAAACGAACCGACAGCCGCCGCUUUGGCUUAUGGCCUUGAUCGCGUUGAAGACAAAACGUAAGCCAGUGAUUUACCCUCCAUCCUCUGCAGUAUUGCUGUUUACGACUUAGGUGGUGGAACCUUCGACAUAUCUGUUUUGGAGAUUCAGAAGGGUGUCUUUGAGGUCAAGUCGACGAAUGGUGAUACAUUCCUUGGCGGUGAAGACUUCGAUCAAGCCCUGCUGAACUACCUUGUUCAGGAGUUCAAAAAAGAAGUACGCUAGUAGCAUUUAAAAACAUUAAAAAUUUCAGCAAGGCAUUGACAUCACAAAGGAUGCUAUGGCUCUGCAACGCGUUAAGGAGGCCGCUGAGAAGGCCAAAAUCGAGUUGUCUUCCUCGCUUCAGACUGACAUUAACCUGCCUUACCUCACCAUGGAUCAGUCAGGCCCGAAGCACAUGAAUAUAAAGUUGUCCCGAUCGAAGUUCGAGUCUCUGGUUGACCCACUGAUCCGACGCACGGUUGCGCCUUGUGAAAAGGCCAUGAAAGAUGCCGGGGCAAAGCCUUCCUCUAUUGGUGACGUUAUUUUGGUUGGUGGUAUGUCGAGGAUGCCAAAGGUAAAUGUACCUUUGUUCUAUGUGGCGUGUAGGUUCAAGAAACUGUAAAGAGUAUUUUCGGCCGAACUCCAAGCAAAAACGUCAAUCCGGACGAGGCUGUUGCUAUUGGUGCUGCAAUCCAAGUAAGUGUCUAGCUACAUCUAUGCGUUUUUUGCACUGCGCUAGCCAAGUGGCCUUCGCGAACGGCAAUAUAUACCGUUUUUACCACACACGUAGUACUUUAGUUUGUCAUAAGCUGGUCAGCGGUCAUGGUAAUGAUCAAUUGUGAAUAUUCGUCCCGGUCUUACUGGGAAUUCGAAGAUUGCUUUUAUGCAUUUAAGUUGUACCAUGAUGCCUGUUGUUAACCUUCCAUCUUCAAAUUUGUAGGGAGGUGUCCUGGCCGGUGACGUCACCGACGUUCUACUCCUUGAUGUGACACCUCUGUCCCUUGGUAUCGAGACGUUGGGAGGAGUUUUUACAAAGCUCAUAAACCGCAAUACUACCAUCCCCACCAAGAAAUCUCAGGUCUUCUCAACUGCUGCUGAUGGUCAGACUCAAGUGGAGAUUAAGGUUUUCCAGGGUGAACGAGAGAUGGCAGCCGACAACAAGUUGCUUGGUCGCUUUUCUCUGGUAAGCUAAACUAGUGCUUUUUUGCAGAAAAAUGGAUUCAGCUUAGUAACACAUCAUGACUAACGUAAACCCCCUGGUAUCGUCGUUUGCAAGGGAUUCCAUUUUUAAAAGUUCCAGAUUAUAGUAACGUUAAAAGACUGCGGCUGCUUUUCGCUUCAUUUGCUGCUUACACUGUAGUGAUAUGAAAUGCUGUUGCGAGUUUUCUUCGACGUCGACAAGUGUUGUUUCCUCAUAAUCCCUGCCCUCACGCGUGUGGCGUGAUCAAACUGCUUUACAAUGCUGACUUUGUUUCUUUACGACGAUUUCAGGUAUUUAAAAUGUCUCCUGUGGAUUUUGUCCCUAGGCUACUGAUGUCUGCAUAAAUCCUACAUUGUCUUUGUAAAUUUGAAAUUCGACAACCCAUUUGCUUAUCAGCCCGUAUUCGGAGGCGUACGCGCACCGCACGGGUCAGGUAGCAGUUAUUUGAAGGUUUCCUAGCCCCUGUUCCCUUCGACAGGCUCUGUGGGGCUGCCCCGCUUACUCGUGACUCAGUGUAAAUUCCGUGCCAUUUUCUCUUAUUGUCUCUUUGGGUUUUGAUGCUCACGUCCGCCCAUAAUUUUCAGGUUGGCAUUCCGCCUGCCCCCCGUGGUGUUCCUCAAAUCGAGGUCACCUUCGAUAUCGACGCGAACGGUAUUGUGAACGUAUCUGCUCGUGAUAAGGGUACUGGCAAAGAACAACAAAUCGUCAUUCAGUCUAGUGGGGGCCUCAGCAAAGACGAAAUUGAGAACAUGGUUCGAAAUGCUGAGCAAUAUGCCGAGGCAGAUAAGGAGCGCCGGGACCAAGUAGAGGCCCUUAAUCAUGCCGAGGGCAUUGCACACGACACAGAGACUAAAAUGGAAGAGUAUAAAGAGUACUUGCCGCAGGAGGAGGUUUGUUUGCAUAGUUCUUCAUGGUUAUUUUCCAGCGUGACAAAUUGUCAAAGUUGAUUGCGGAUUUGCGCCAGAAGAUCGCUGACAAGGAAAAUGCCACGAGUGAAUCUAUCAAGAAGGCUACCGAUGAACUUCAACAGGCUUCCCUGAAGUUAUUUGAGGUUGCAUAUCGGAAGGUAAUUUUAAUUAUUCUCCGUUGCUCACAUUUCGAUGUAGAUGGCCGAAAGCCGUGGGUCCAGCGGAUCGAGUUCGGAUCAGUCGGAGAAGAAAGAUCAACAGUAG